GGCGGGGUCCAGAGGUAAUCAGGGCAAAAGUCCAUGAACGCAUUUCUGCCUUGUUUAUUAUUGCCGCAUGAUUAACUGGAUAUAAUUAUGAGGAGAAGGAAUUGUCCUCUCGACCUGACCAUUUUUUUGCAGCCAGCUAUCCGCCUUUCCUCUACCCGGCCCAGAACGUAUUCAGGGGCACAUCUGCGCCCUUUGCGUCUCCCCUGCCUCGAACAACGUCUUCCCUUCAAUACUCAACGCAAGGAGUGCCGUCAGUGCCGCCCCAGCCGCACACACACGCACGCGUAUCCCCAUUUCGACUGCCAAUAUGUGCUUUGGCGGCGGCGACAGAGACGAAGCCGUGGUCAUCAGACGACGCGAGCGACCACGACCACGACACACUCGAGAGUAUGUGUCAAGGCCCGAGGUGGCCACCUAUAGGCGAGAAAAUCGCCGAGAAACCGUCACUAGACGAUCAACCUCUGCCCACCGACCCAGCCAUGACCGCUAUUCCGAACGCCAAUCUGAUUAUUCUUACGAUCCACGGCGGCGUAGUGGCAGCAGGACGAGGGUUGUGACCGAGCAGAGGAGGGAGAGAGACCGCACUUAUUACUGAUGUGCCAGCAAGCAAGGCAGCUGAGGGUCAGUGACCGUGGGAGGGAAUGUAUGAUAUCAUUCUGGCGGCGUCGUGAGGCUGUGACGGUCGGCACGAUCCUACGCAGUCAGUUCGGGUAUUCGAGGCAUGGAAGAUGAACUCGUGAUUCAGAUAACCUAGUGUGAUAUCGGGACGAUCCUCCUUUGUCGUUCAUAAUUAAUGGUCAAUUAUCGAGAUAGCCUGAUUGAACAAGAGAUUGGUGAGGUAGAGGUGGCGGGCUGUGGCAUGACAAGGUUCGCGAUACGGCAGCUGGAAGUGAGGGGAAGACGAGAAAGCUAAGACCAUGGCACCAGAUGGCACCCCUCUAAGCUCCAGAGCGCAAUACGUCAUCUGCCCUCUU